ACUUCCUGGGCGGAGGAGGUUGAGUGGUGCAGUGAGGGACAAACAAAAGGAGGCGCCGGAGGGGCGCAGCGGCCCGCGGCGGGACGGAGCGGCGGGGGUGCGGGGCUGCCUGCUGGGCGGCCGGACCGGGCGGGACCAGGGAGGCAGCUUCCAUGGAGCGAGAGGAAUGCCAAGACCCUGCCCAGACAGACGUGGGCCAGCCUCAGCACCGACAGCCAACACGCAGAUAGCAGAGCCAUCCACGGGGUUGAACCAUGAUUCCAGUGACGGAGCUCCGCUACUUUGCGGACACACAGCCAGCAUACCGGAUCCUGAAGCCAUGGUGGGACGUGUUCACCGACUACAUCUCCAUUGUCAUGCUGAUGAUCGCGGUCUUCGGGGGCACGCUGCAGGUCACCCAGGACAAGAUGAUCUGCCUGCCUUGUAAAUGGGUCACCAAGGACUCCUGCAAUGACUCCUUCCGGGGCUGGGCAGCCCCAGGCCCGGAGCCCACCUACCCCAAUGCCACGUUGCUGCCGACCCCUGGCACGGGCCCCACAGGCAUCAAGUACGACCUGGACCGGCACCAGUACAACUACGUGGACGCCGUCUGCUACGAGAACCGCCUGCACUGGUUCGCCAAGUACUUCCCCUACCUGGUGCUUCUGCACACGCUCAUCUUCCUGGCCUGCAGCAACUUCUGGUUCAAGUUCCCUCGCACCAGCUCGAAGCUGGAGCACUUUGUGUCCAUCCUGCUCAAGUGCUUCGACUCGCCCUGGACCACCCGGGCCCUGUCUGAGACAGUGGUAGAGGAGAGCGACCCCAAGCCGGCCUUCAGCAAGAUGAAUGGCUCCAUGGACAAGAAGUCUUCGACGGUCAGCGAAGACGUGGAGGCCACCGUACCCAUGCUGCAGCGGACCAAGUCCCGGAUCGAGCAGGGCAUCGUGGACCGCUCGGAGACGGGCGUGCUGGACAAGAAGGAGGGGGAGCAGGCCAAGGCGCUCUUUGAGAAGGUGAAGAAGUUCCGUACCCACGUGGAGGAGGGGGACAUCGUGUACCGCUUGUACAUGCGGCAGACCAUCAUCAAGGUGAUCAAGUUCAUCCUCAUCAUCUGCUACACCGUCUACUACGUGCACAACAUCAAGUUCGACGUGGACUGCACCGUGGACAUCGAGAGCCUGACGGGCUACCGCACCUACCGCUGUGCGCACCCGCUGGCCACGCUCUUCAAGAUCCUGGCGUCCUUCUACAUCAGCCUGGUCAUCUUCUACGGGCUCAUCUGCAUGUACACGCUGUGGUGGAUGCUGCGGCGCUCCCUCAAGAAGUACUCGUUCGAGUCCAUCCGUGAGGAGAGCAGCUACAGUGACAUCCCCGACGUCAAGAACGACUUCGCCUUCAUGCUCCACCUCAUCGACCAGUACGACCCGCUCUACUCGAAGCGCUUUGCCGUCUUCCUCUCGGAGGUGAGCGAGAACAAGCUACGGCAGCUGAACCUCAACAACGAGUGGACGCUGGACAAGCUGCGGCAGCGGCUCACCAAGAACGCACAGGACAAGCUGGAGCUGCACCUGUUCAUGCUCAGCGGCAUCCCCGACACCGUGUUCGACCUGGUGGAGCUGGAGGUGCUGAAGCUGGAGCUGAUCCCGGACGUGACCAUCCCGCCCAGCAUCGCCCAGCUCACGGGCCUCAAGGAGCUGUGGCUGUACCACACGGCGGCCAAGAUUGAGGCGCCCGCCCUGGCCUUCCUGCGUGAGAACCUGCGGGCCCUGCACAUCAAGUUCACGGACAUCAAGGAGAUCCCGUUGUGGAUCUACAGCCUGAAGACCCUGGAGGAGUUGCACCUGACAGGCAACCUGAGUGCCGAGAACAACCGCUACAUUGUCAUUGACGGGCUGCGCGAGCUCAAGCGUCUCAAGGUGCUGCGGCUCAAGAGCAAUCUGAGCAAGCUGCCGCAGGUGGUCACCGACGUGGGCGUGCACCUGCAGAAGCUGUCCAUCAACAACGAGGGCACCAAGCUCAUCGUCCUCAACAGCCUCAAGAAGAUGGUGAACCUGACCGAGCUGGAGCUGAUCCGCUGCGACCUGGAGCGGAUCCCGCACUCCAUCUUCAGCCUCCACAACCUGCAGGAGAUCGACCUCAAGGACAACAACCUCAAGACCAUCGAGGAGAUCAUCAGCUUCCAGCACCUGCACCGCCUCACCUGCCUUAAGCUGUGGUACAACCACAUCGCCUACAUCCCCAUCCAGAUCGGCAACCUCACCAGCCUUGAGCGCCUCUAUUUGAACCGCAACAAGAUCGAGAAGAUCCCCACCCAGCUCUUCUACUGCCGCAAGCUGCGCUACCUGGACCUCAGCCACAACAACCUGACCUUCCUCCCCGCCGACAUUGGCCUCCUGCAGAACCUCCAGAACCUGGCUGUCACGGCCAACCGGAUCGAGGCGCUGCCCCCGGAGCUCUUCCAGUGCCGGAAGCUGAGGGCCCUGCACCUGGGCAACAACGUGCUGCAGUCACUGCCCUCGCGGGUGGGCGAGCUGACCAACCUGACCCAGAUCGAGCUGCGGGGCAACCGGCUGGAGUGCCUGCCCGUGGAGCUGGGCGAGUGCCCGUUGCUCAAGCGCAGCGGCCUGGUGGUGGAGGAGGACCUGUUCAACACGUUGCCACCCGAAGUGAAGGAGCGGCUGUGGAGGGCCGAUAAGGAGCAGGCCUGAGCGCCGGCGGACAGCUGAGCACCGGGUCUCUGAGGAGUCCUCGGGGCCCAGGGACCCAGACACCCAGGGACGACCAGCCGGGCCUCAGCCAGGGCAGGAGCCUGGGGCUGGAUGUUGGCUGGGCUAUGGCCACGGAACAGUACCUGAGGGGCUGGCCCCUUUCCUCCUUCUGAGACUCAUGCCCCCCCCAGGGCGGGCGCCUGUCAGGGAGAGCAGAGACCUAUGUCUUAGAGUGCAGUAUUUGGACAAUCAGGGCCUCCCCCCUGGAGGCCAUCUCUGCCCGAGAGGCUGAGCUGAUGCCAGAGGCCCGGGGACACCCACUUAGCUCUUGGUAUUUAUUUUUCUCCACUUCGCAUCCCCUCCCUCCGGAUAACUUAUACAUUCCCAACAAAGUUCAGCUCCGAUCGGGGGUAUGUAAGGAAGGGUGGGUAGUUUCCCUUUUCCUUUUUUGGUGAUGCCCCCGGCAGUACCACCCAGACUUGAGCAGAGGGGUCCAGGGAGAACCAGCUGUGACAGUUGCCCCAGGGGUGCUGGGCUGGGCUCUGGCGGUGUGGCCCAGGGGACAGCAGACCGCCAGGUGGAAAGGCCAGGCCUGGGGCUGGUCCUAUCAGUUUUAGAUUUUUUUUUUUUUUUAAGUAAAAAGAAAAAAAAAAGAACUUUUUUUUAAAGCUUUGAAAAUUGAUGGUUUGGGUAUUAAAAAGAAAAAAAAAACACUAAAAAAAAACUAAAAA